AUGCCUAACAUUUAUUCAAGUGCAAAUGUACCGAUCUAUCCACCCUAUCUCAACUUUUCAACUAUUCACGUAGUUAUUUGUAGCCUCUUUGUUUGUACGAUAUCCUGGGCGUGCACGGGCAUAACUUUCAUCAUUGGAUGUGACAGUCUAAUCUCCACGGCCGCGCUUCAUGCAAGUGAAAAAACGAAACGAAUGCAACGGAAAUAUUUUCAGUCACUUUGUAUUCAACUAUCGAUUCCGCUAAUAUCUCACUCAUUGCCCUGGUUCUACUAUGCCGCAAUUAUUGCCACUAGUCAAGACUUCAUUAAUCAGUCUUUGAACAAUUUCUUUUUCUCGAUAAUGAGCUCUCAUGGAACGGUUUCAUCGAUUUCUUUGCUCACUUUAACUCAUCCGUAUCGAGUAUUCGUUUUGAGCCAACUACGGAAAAUCCCCUUUCUAAAAUUCUGCCUUGCCCAGAAGCAAAAACUUCAUAUCGCUGUGGCUUCUGCGACUUUGGAGAACACUCGAGAAGUGCCA